AUGGCCCACAACCAAACCAUCCCCCAAAUCAUCCCUCCAUCCCUCACAAAACCCUCCUUGUCCCUUUCUCCGUUCUCCUCCACUACGCCCCCCUCCCUGUUCCUUUCCGCCUCCAACCACAUCCUUAACACCACCACGUCUGUUUUCGCGGCGAACCAAAGCAUUGUGGGUAAUACCACCUCCACAACAGUAGGGGCGCUCAUCCUGGGUCUGGUGUUUCUCCUUGGUGUCCCCGGCAACCUCUUCAUCAUCUGGAGUAUCCUGGCCCGCGCCCGCCGCCGCUCCGUCACCACCCUCCUCAUCCUCAAUCUGGCAGUGGCCGAUGGCUCGCUCAUAGCGCUCACGCCGUUCUUCGUCGUGUACCUUGUGAAGAAGACAUGGAUUUUUGGCGAUAUCAUGUGCAAGAUACUCUUCUACCUGUGCCUGGCCAACAUGUACGCCUCCAUCCAACUGAUCAUGCUGAUGAGCCUGCACAGGCUGGUGGCCGUGGUGUGGCCGCGGCGCGUUGCUGCCCUCGCUGGCCGGAAGGCAGUACUGCGGGGGGUGCUGGUACUGUGGAUCCUGGUGCUGGUCGCAUCCAUCCCCGCGUUGCUGUUCAGACACAAACUGACGGCCACGUACCCCAACGGGAGGAGCCGUAUGGUGUGUGAGUCAUUUCACAAGCAGCAGAGUCAAGUGGUGCUCCAGUACACGUUGGAGACUGUGCUGGGAUUUGUAGUUCCUUACGCGUUGAUUGUAGGCAGCUACAUCUGCAUCCUGCGGAGGAUCAGACAAACCAGGUCCACUGCUGUUUUACUAUCUUCCAGGUUCAUCCUAGCCAUCGUGGUCACUUUUGGAAUCUUCUGGCUGCCCUACCAUGUCAUCAACAUUGUGCAGGUUGCCGCAGCACUUUCUCCUCAAGAUUCAGCUAUAAAAGCAAGACUGGACCCUAUCUGGCAGUCCUGCCGUGCAGUCACAUCUGCACUGGCUUUCAUCAGCAGCUGUGCCAACCCGGUCCUCUACACCUUCGCCGGCAAGUCCUAUAUCCGGCGGGAAGGCUUUGCCUUCAUGGCCCGUCUGUUCGAGGGCACUGCGCUGGACUCUGGGACCAGGAAGAACCGACAGAACAGCCAGAACAGCCGAGAGAGAGACAGGGAUGCAGAGGGGUUUGGGCUGAAAGAAAAGGAAGGAGAGCUAGAAUCCACGACCAGCGCCAAUGUUGUGAGCCCCAUCUGUGUGAAACCUGUGAAAAAUGGCAAAUAG